UAGCCCGGAGGGGGAGGAGGAAAGGAGCUCUAGUAGUGGCAGAGUCCUCCUGGAGUGGGUGUUACUGUGGACUGGCAGCACAGUGAGCAGGAGGAGUUUUGAUUUGCAAGUGGUCCAUAUCAUGGCCGUGGAGGGCAGGCCCCGGCUCAGAGAUUCCCCAAACAAGUCUGGUGAGCAGAGUGGAGUGGCGGAUGGUCAAGUGAGACAUCGUCAUCGGGGGGUCACUUCCCCUAAGGGGAGAACUAGGAGCCACCACCCAACCGAGACCACCCAUCACAGGAAUAAUAAGGGAGCCAAGGAGCGCCUCUUCUCUUACCUCAGCCCGGCCAAUGCAAAGGUUGGGUUCCACCUGGUGAUUGCUGCUUUAUUUGGUCUUUUGCACUGGAGUUACAUAUCUACACUCUUUGAGAAUGACCGUCAUUUUUCUCACCUGUCAACGCUGGAACGAGAAAUGGGUUUCCGCACUGAAAUGGGCCUGUAUUAUUCUUACUUCAAAUCCGUCAUUAAAGCUCCGUCAUAUUUUUCGGGAUUGCAUCAUAUCAUGAAUGAUAAUGUUACAGAAUAUCCCAGUGUUAUAAAUACUUUGCAAAGAUUUAAUCUGUAUCCAGAGGUGAUCUUGGCCAGCUGGUUCCGUAUUUAUACCACAACAAUGAAAUUUGUUGGCAUUGAAACAAAACUCUGCUGGACAGUUAAUCGAGGAGAUGAUCUCAGUCCCGUUGAAAGCUGUGAAGGUCUUGGUGAUCCUGCCCACUUUUAUGUCACCUUUAUAUUCCUUUUAAAUGGACUAAUGAUGUCGUUGUUUUAUAUUUAUGGGACAUAUUUAAGUGGCAGUUUACUUGGAGGGUUUGUCACAGCCAUCUGCUUCUUCUAUAACCAUGGUGAGAGCACAAGAGUAAUGUGGACUCCGCCACUGCGUGAAAGCUUUUCAUAUCCAUUCCUUGUUCUGCAGAUGGUACUGCUUACGUACAUUUUAAGGACAACCAACAUUGGUAGAAGAAGCCUGAUUGCACUUUGUGCUUCUAAUGUCUUUUUUAUGCUUCCAUGGCAGUUUGCCCAGUUUGUUCUUCUAACACAGAUUGCCUCACUUUUUGCUGUAUAUCUCAUUGGCUGCCUGGAUUCAGACAAGUUUUUGAAAAUUCUCUAUACACACAUGGUGUCAUUGGCACUGUGUGUAAUACUGAUGUUUGGAAAUUCCAUGCUGUUGACAUCCUAUUAUGCUUCAUCCUUAUUGAUUAUUUGUCUGAUUGUUAGGAAGAGGAAAAUUGCAAGCCUUGAAAUAAAUACGUUUGUGAGUUGGAUUUUGCAGGUCUUGGCUUGGAUUUUUGGUACCGUAAUCCUAAAAGCACUCAUUUCUAGGAUACUGGGUGUUAGAGAUGAUGCACAUAUAUUCAACAUACUAAAAUCAAAGUUUACCAGCUACAAGGAUUUUGACACUUUGAUGUAUACCUGUGCGCCUGAGUUUGACUUCAUGGAGAACGAGACACCAUGGAGAUAUUUAAAGACCCUUUUACUUCCAGUAGUCCUGCUGGUAUUUAUCUUCAUUUGUGCUCGGGCUCUUAAACAUAUGUUUUACGAUAGCCAAAGUGCUAUUCGAAGAGAAGAAAAUGAGAGAGGGGAAAAUUCUGUCGGUGGAGAACUGUUAUAUCAUGCCCUUCAGCUGGUGGCGUUUGCUGUUCUUGCCAUUUUAAUAAUGAGAUUAAAAUUGUUUCUUACACCUCACAUGUGUGUAAUGGCUUCCCUCAUAUGCUCCAGACAGCUGUUUGGGUGGAUCAAAAGAUUCCAGUAUCCAGUGGUUAUCCUUCUAUUGGCAUUGAUGUCAAUACAAGGCAUCGGCAACAUUCAAAGCCAAUUAAAUAUAAAAGGAGAGUUCAGCAACAUAGCUCAGGAAGAUCUACUGGAAUGGAUCAACUCCAGUACAAAACCAAAUGCUGUAUUUGCUGGCGCAAUGCCCACUAUGGCAAGUGUUAAGCUAUCCACAGGACGCCCCGUAGUCAAUCACCCACACUAUGAAGAUGCUGGUUUAAGAGAGCGAACAAAACAAGUUUAUUCAAUGUACAGCCGUAAACCUGCUAAAGAAGUAAAGAAAAUCCUGAUGAAAAUGGGAGUGCAUUACUUCAUUUUGGAAGAUGGAUGGUGCACACGAAGAACAAGGACUGGGUGCAGCAUGUCAGAGAUUUGGGAUGUUGAAGAUCCAUCCAAUGCUGGCAAGGCUCCAUUGUGUUCUAUUUUAUCCAAGGAGUCAUUGCCACACUUUUCCACUGUUUUCGGAAAUAAUGUUUACAAGGUUUUAAAAGUUGGCAUUUAAGUUUAAAAUGGAGAAAAACAAAAGUUCCUUCAGGAUUGCUAUGUUUUUAAUUUUAUUGUAAAUUAAUUUUACAGAUAUUUGUAACCUGACAUUUUUGUAACAUAAACUAUUGCUAUGCAAACCUUUAUUGCUAAGAAAAACUUUGAAAAAACACAUUACAUUCUUAUUGUUCCCGAGAGCUGCAAUUGUUUUGCUUGGUGUUGCUGAUUCCACAUGUAAAGAGAAGAAAAUCUGCCUUAAAUAUUUUCAACUGGCAGAACCUUUAACGUUUUAUUGACUAAGCACCAAAGAGAAAAUUCAGUGUAUAUAUGUAUGGAAAAAUAUGAUGUUCUAUUCCAGCAAUGUUUUAUGUAGCCUUGUAAUAUUUUGAAGCAAUGUAUAUAUUGAGCUGUAGAGAUCCCAUUUAAUGAGUGGUGUUAUAGAGAAAGGGACUAUUUGUACCAUAGUGCCAAAAGAGGCCGAAUGGUAACAAGAAUACAUUUCAGUGCCAGUUAUAGAGCAGAAAUGGCAUUAUGCAUGCUAUCAUGCUCUGUACACAAAUCUCCUUUAAUUCUCAAAAGGUUUAUUUUAUGUUUUUUUUGUGUUUACGAAGAAGCCACCACAGGUUUAAAUGAUCUCAUUGAUUUGAACCUGUGAGAAGUGCACAUUACUCUUGUCUUAAACCUUACAAUCUUGCAGUUGUGGAUUAAAAAGAAUCAUACCUGAGAAACACCUAUUUAUUAUGCUAUAGUUGCCAUUAAGAUAUAAUUUGUACUGACCUGCUGAAAGGUGGUAGCUGUAGCCAACCACACAGUACGGCUGUUUAUACCCUCUUUCUAAUAAAAUGCUUGUUGUGCAAUUAUCACA